GUCUUCUUCGCCGGACACGAAAUCCUCCGAGGAGUUCAAGCAGUCUUCUCCUUCAUGCUCUCCAAACUCAAACCAUCAAAGACAUCGACUCUCUCUCUCUCUCCAAACUUGCUUCCAACGCCAUCUCAAAUUUCUCCUCUCGCAGCUAGGUAGCAAUAACGGAAGCAACUUCGUGCCUUUUUUUUUUUUUUUACCUUUUUAAACUUCUAUAUUUGAGACAUCAAGAAGAAGGGGGAAUUGUAGCAGCAUGGCAAAACUUGAGAAUAAAUCUGUUCUUCAAUUUGCAACCUUCCAGAGUGCUGUCGAUGAGGGUUUCUGGCAUAGAUUAUCUUCACUAAAGCUCAAUAACUUAGGAAUUGAUGAUUCUCCAAUUCCCCUAGCUGGUUUUUAUGCACCUUGCUCACAUUCUCAAGUGUCAAGCCAUUUAACUCUUCUUGCUGAAUCAUUGCCGUCUGAAUCAAAUGAGCAAUCAGAUACACCCACAACUAGUCGUGGAAACAGGAACAAAUGCUCUGUCCCUGGCAUCCUCUACAACACAAAUACACUGGAGGAUUUUCAUAAUUUGGAUAGACAAAGCUUGCUAAAGGCAGAAGCAAAGAAGAUCUGGGAGGACAUUCAUUCCGGAAAAGCUGAAGAGGACAGUGCAGUGCUUUCAAGGUUUCUUGUUCUAUCAUUUGCAGACCUAAAAAAAUGGAGCUUUCAUUACUGGUUUGCUUUCCCUGCCCUGGUGCUUGAUCCUCCUGCAACCUUGGUGGAUAUAAGGCCAGCUUCCCAGUGGUUCAGCUCUGAAGAGGCUGAAUCUCUGUCAGCUGCUUGUAAUGAGUGGCGUAGCUCAAGCUCAACAACAGAUGUACCAUUUUUUCUGAUCUCUAUUGCUUUGAAUUCCCAUGCUACUAUUAGGCCUCUGAAAGACUGGGAAGCCUGUCAAGGUGAGGGUCAUAAGUUCCUUUUUGGUUUUUAUGAUCCUUGUCAUCUUCCAAGUAAUCCUGGUUGGCCUCUUCGCAACUUCCUCGCAUUUAUUUGUGUGAGAUGGGGUCUCAAGAAUGUUUGCUUCUUAUGCUAUCGCGAGAACCGUGGUUUUGCUGAUUUGGGGUUGUCCCUCGUUGGUGAAGCUUUCAUAUCAGUUUCACAAGGAUCGAAAGAUCUUCAACAUAUUCCGAAUGCUGUGGGAUGGGAACUUAACAGGGGGAAGAGGAUACCCAGGUGUAUUAGCCUUGCCAAGUCCAUGGAUCCAACUAGGCUAGCCAUAUCAGCUGCAGAUUUGAAUUUAAAACUAAUGAGAUGGCGUGCUGUGCCAUCUUUGAACCUAAAUGUCUUGUCUGCUACAAAGUGUCUUCUCCUGGGAGCAGGUACACUUGGAUGCCAGGUUGCUCGCAUGCUUAUGGCUUGGGGUGUAAGAAAAAUUACACUGCUCGACAGUGGUAAGGUAGCUAUGUCUAAUCCAUUAAGGCAGUCCUUAUACACAUUGGAUGACUGCCUCGAUGGUGGUCAUUUCAAAGCCACCGCAGCAGUUAGAAGUCUCAAAAGAAUCUUUCCAGCUGUGGAAGCAGAAGGUGUUGUGAUGGCUAUACCAAUGCCUGGACACCCAGUGCCUAGCCAAGAAGAGAAUAUUGUGCUCGAGGAUUGCAGACGCCUCCAUGAUUUGAUUCAUUCCCAUGAUGCAGUUUUCUUGUUGACUGAUACGAGAGAAAGUAGAUGGCUCCCAACCCUUCUCUGUGCCAAUGCUAACAAGGUUACCAUUAAUGCAGCUUUGGGGUUUGAUAGCUUCUUGGUUAUGCGUCAUGGCAUUGGUCCUCUCAGCAGUACUCACAAUUUUGAAGAUGAAGCUGUGGAUGCCAUAUCAGCUGAAAUAGGAAGCUUCUCUUUGACUGACACAGAGGGAGGGCAGAGAUUGGGUUGUUAUUUCUGUAAUGAUGUAGUUGCCCCAGUUGAUUCAACUACCAAUCGUACCUUGGACCAGCAAUGCACUGUUACACGUCCAGGGCUUGCCCCUAUUGCUUCAGCACUUGCAGUCGAACUUUUAGUAGGGAUUCUGCAUCAUCCUCAAGGGAUAUCUGCCAAAGCUGAGUUUGCAAACUCUAUUGACAUUGGAAACACUGAGCAACCUCUUGGAAUUUUGCCCCAUCAAAUUCGAGGCUCCCUGUCUCAGUUUUCGCAGAUGACCCUUGUAGGUCACUCCUCGAAUAGUUGUACAGCUUGUUCCUACACUGUGGUAUCAGAAUAUCGAAGGAGAGGCAAGGAUUUUGUUCUUCAAGCUAUCAACCAUCCUACAUAUCUGGAAGAUCUCACUGGAUUAACAGAGCUUAUGAAGUCGGCAAGCUCUUUUACAUUGGAUUGGGAUGAUGAAACCGAUGAAAUUGAUGAUUCUGUGGUAAUUUAAUGUCUUCCUUUCAAUCUUAUUUAUUUUUACCUGUUGGAAUACUUUGUCAAUUGUACAUAGACCAAAGAAGGAAUGCAAUUUCAAAUGCAUAUAUUUAUUUAGACUUUACUGUUAAGUUAGGGGUUGUUUGGACGUUUUAUGGUAACUGAUUACUAAGCUGUGUUUCGCAGAAUGCCCAAGCGAAUAGUGUGGAUGUCUCUAUGACCUGUUAACUGAUUUUUUUUUUUUAAUUCUAUGUAUAUUAUAUAGUUUUUGAAAGCAUUGGAAUGUUUAAAUAUUAAUCGACUAUGUAUGUAUGGAUAUAUGCUCAUGUGAUUUCGUAAUAGUGAGAACAAUCUUG